UUUGAAAACCUUUGAGAAUCCUUUUUUUGCUUCAAAUGAAUUAUUGAUUCCAGCAUAAGAACCAAACCAACAGGUCCAUCAGUCUCAGCAACUGGACAUCCCAGCAUGAGGAAAGAGGAGGAUGAGGAUGAGGAUGGAGGGCGGGAAAAGUGCUGGUGAGACGAGUGGAGAGGAGAGGGAGUCUGUUCCGCUCGGAUGGCCGAAGCCGUCAGGAGGCAGCUCUGGAGAGGAGACGGACAAGACAGCGCUCCUGCUUCCUCGUUCCCUUUCUCCUCCGAGCGCGCGCGCGUGCGUCCCGCUCCAGCAGCGGCUCAGGCAGUGAGGGAGGGAGGAGGAGGAGGAGUUGACGCAUCGGAGCGAGUGAGCGCACCGACGCUUCACUUUCCCGGUGUGAGAGCUGCGAGGCGCCACGGCGUCAGCAACACGAGCGGAAGGCGCGGACUUACAGGCUGCCAUGGAGCCGCGCGGGCUCCGCUCGUGAGGCGCAGAGAUCCGGAGGAAGGAGCGAGGGAAAGAAGGACCGACGCGGCGGCGGCGGCUUUUACGCACGGAGGAGAGACGCAGCGCGUGCGCCGGGGGAGCAUGGCCGCGACCUCACAGUGAUGUUUUGUGCGCACACUUUGGUUUGGAGACGAACCACGGAUUAAUCUGCGCCCGUGAGAGCGCGGCCGCCGCGCGGGACAGAUCAGAAAACCGGAGAGGUGCAAAUCGGAUUCCAUACGUUUGCGAUUGGAUGUGAGAAUACUUUGACCCAACAAAAUUGAAAAUGACGUUGCUAUGGAAACUGCUGCUGCUGCAGUCACUUAUGGGGAGCCUUGCAGAGAGCAGCGUCCUGCAGAGCCCCGUCUUCACCAAGCAGCCCGGCAGCAUCGUGUACCCCGUGGAGAACGUGGAGAACGGCAGGGAGGUGGUGUUUAGCUGCGAGGCCCGGGGAAGCCCGACCCCCGCGUACCGGUGGAAAUUGAACGGCACAGAAAUCAUUCCCAAAGCCGGAUCUCAUUUCAGCCUCUCUGGAGGAAACCUCCGAAUCAGCCGCCUGAACAGAGAUCGAGACGCCGGGACGUAUCAGUGCCUCGCCUCCAACUCUUUUGGGACCAUCGUCAGCCGAGAGGCCAGCCUCACCUUCGCAUACCUGGAGAGCUUCAAGACCCAGAGAAGAAGCCCCGUUUCUGUGCGAGAAGGUCAAGGGAUGGUUCUGCUGUGCGGGCCGCCCCCGCACUCUGGAGAUCUCGUCUUUUCCUGGAUCUUCAACGAGUCCACCACCUUUGUGCAGCAGGAAACCCGCCGCUUCAUCUCACAGGAGACGGGGAACCUCUACAUCGCCAAAGUGGAGCCCUCGGACGUCGGCAACUACACCUGCGUGGUGACCAACACAGUAACGAAGACCAGGGUCCAGGGGCCCUCCACCCCGCUGGUGCUGCGCAGCGACGGUGUUAUGGGUGAAUAUGAACCAAAGAUUGAAGUUCAGUUUCCCGAGAUCGUUCACGUCGCCAAAGGAUCCACUGUCAAGCUGGAAUGCUUUGCUUUGGGAAACCCUGCGCCUUCUAUAACCUGGAGGAGGGAAGACGGCGCGCCCUUCCCCCGGAAAGUGGACACCAGGAAGACCAACGGCGUCCUGGAAAUCCCAUAUUUCCAGCAGGACGAUGUGGGCACGUACGAGUGUGUGGCGGAGAACUCCAGGGGGAUGAACACAGUGAAGGGGAAGCUCUCUUUUUAUGCACCUCCUCAUCUCAUCGAGAAGCCCCAAGAUGUCCAGAAGCUCAUCGACGACUCGCUGGUGUGGGAAUGCAAAGCUACCGGGAAGCCAAAGCCCUCUUACAGGUGGAUGAAGAACGGAGAGAACCUGGAGUCCACAGAGGAGCGCAUACAGGUUGCAAAUGGGGUUCUGUCUAUCAGCCGCCUGACCCUGUCUGACACGGGGAUGUACCAGUGUGUGGCGGGGAACAAGCACGGCGAGGUCUACUCCAACGCCGAGCUCAGGGUCAUCGCCGCUGCCCCAGAUUUUUCCCACAAUCAGCUGAGGAGCCAGACGAUGGUGAAGGUGGGCGGAGACGUGCUCAUCGAGUGCAGGCCAAAGAUGUCUCCCUGGGGCGUGAUCUCGUGGAGGAAGGGCAGCGAGCCGCUCCAGCAGACUAGCAGGAUCUCCAUCUUGGACAACGGCAGCCUUCGGAUAUGGAAUGUCACCAAAUCCGAUGCGGGCCUUUACACGUGCGUGGCGAGAAACCAGUUUGGGAUGGCGAGCAGCACAGGAAGCGUCACAGUCAAAGAGGCGAGUUUCAUCACCACGCAGCCGUCCACGCUGGACGCCACGGUGGGGGAGAGCGUGGUUCUGCCCUGCCAGGUGAGCCACGACCCGACCCUGGAGCUGAAGUUCACCUGGUUCUUCAACGAGCAGCUCAUUCACUUCGGGAGCCAUGACGGAUUCUUCGAGAAAGUGGGCGGUCAGCAUUCGGCGGGGGACAUUAUGAUACGAAACAUCCAGCUGAAGCAUGCUGGGAAGUACACGUGUGCAGUGCAGACCAAAGUGGACAGCAUCUCCAUCGCCCUGGACCUGGUCGUUAGAGGUCCCCCGGCGCCCCCGACCCACAUCCAUGUCGAAGAAAUCACCGACACCACAGCCUCUCUGUCCUGGAGGCCCGGUCCUGAUAAUCACAGUCCAAUUACAGCAUACACCAUCCAGGCCAGGACGCCGUUUUCCCUGGGGUGGCAGGCUGUCACCACGGUUCCCGAGGUGGUGGGGGGACGCCAGCUCACAGCCGCCGUAAUAGACCUGAAUCCUUGGGUGGAAUACGAGUUUCGGGUCCUGGCAAGCAACAGAAUUGGGACGGGCGAACCCAGCAAGCCUUCCAAACAAGCAAGAACAAAGAGCACCUCUCCGAAGGUCACACCAGCUAAUGUGAGCGGAGGCGGAGGCAGUCGCUCCGAAUUAGUCAUCACAUGGGAGCCGGUUCCAGAAGAGUUACAGAACGGACCGGGAUUCGGCUACGUGGUGGCUUUUCGACCCCACGGCGCUACGGGUUGGAUGCAGGCGGCCGUCCCAUCCCCCGAAGCCUCCAGAUACGUCUUCAAGAACGAGAGCAUCCAGCCCUUCUCGCCCUUCCAUGUGAAAGUCGGAGUUUACAACAAUGAGGGGGAGGGACCCUUUGGACCCGUUAUCACCAUCUACUCUGCUGAGGAAGAGCCUGGCCGAGCUCCCACCAGGGUCCGCGCCAGGAGCCUGUCGGCGGCGGAGAUCGAGGUUUCCUGGAAAGCUCUUCCCUGGAACGCCAGCAAGAGGAGGGUGCUGGGCUACGAGCUGAGGUACUGGAGUCGAAGCGAGCGCGAGGACACGGCCAGCGUCCAGAGGACCGUCGGCAACCAAACGUCCAGCGUCAUCCGGGGCCUGAGGGGCAGCACCUCCUACUACGUCUCCGUCAGGGCGUACAACACGGCGGGGACGGGACCCCCCAGCAGCACCGUCAACGUCACCACCAAAAAGCCGCCUCCCAGCCAACCGCCGGCCAAAGUGAUGUGGAACACCUCCAACUCCAAGAUCAUCGUGAACUGGGAGCAGGUCAAAGCUCUGGAGAACGAGUCGGAGGUGACGGGGUAUAAGGUUCUCUACAAGAAGAACCGGCACAGCCGGCCCAGCGUCAUGGAAACCAACACCACCUCAGUGGAGCUGGCGCUCCCCACCGAUGAGGACUACAUCAUUCAGAUUAAACCAUUCGGAGAGGGCGGGGACGGCAGCAGCAGGCAGAUCACCAUCCCAAAGACGGCAGGCACCAACGCGGUGGGCUCAGCGUCCAAGGUCUCCACCCUGUCGGCCCUCAGCACGAUAGCGCUGUCCUUCACAGCACGGACAUCUUUAUGACAAAUGGCUCCGCACAGCCGCUGCAUCUGACGUGGACACGGCUCUGAAAGUGAAGCCCACUCUGGUGCGACUAAACCCACUCAUUUUAGGCUUUAGAGGCAGAGGGAAGACGCUGGCAGCAAACCUUAACGCUUCGUCAUAGAGGUGACACAUGGAGUCCCCUUCAGCAGGCAGGCCAGGUAAACGAGAUUGACCGAUGUCAUGACUCUGUCGUUACCAAAGCAGCUUUCAUAAGAGAAAAAUAAAGAGAAGAAAUGUCUUAUAUGCAUCUUUUUGUAUGACAUGUCGAGCUUUUAUACAUAUUUUGGUUGGGUUUGAGGUCCGUCGUCAUCUAGAGUUCUGAUGCAGAGGUUUAGGAAUGCUGUCUUCUGGAACAUGAAGUGUAUAUCUCUGCAUUUCAGUAAGCCUGGUAUAGAAAUGUCAGAAGGCCCGGAUUUUCUCUUUGUUUUAUCAACCUUCCGUUAAAACCAGAUCAAGAACGAAAGCGGUUGAUUUUAUUGGACUUAAAUCCAACUGUUAAAGCCUAUUGACAUAUUGAAUUUUUUUUAACGGCCUUUUGACAAAAAAAGUUUAAAACCUUUCUGCAAAAUCGAUGUCAUGCGUUCACGAUGUGUCCGUGUAACGUCCAGUUAUCUCACUCAACUGAACAAAAACACAUCUGCAUUCGACUGGAUUGGUCUAUAGAAACCUGAGCUUCUUAUACAUUGAAGGGAAUAAACACCAGUUUCUUUCUUCGUAUUGACACUUCGACCUUGAAACAAACUGUAACCGUUUGUUUAGUUGGUUUAUAGCAGUAAGUAAACGUAGAAAUUGCGUUUCUGGUUUUCCGAAUAGCCCCUAAAGUCAUGACAUUAAGGUUUUCCACAGGACUUUUUUGUUCAUUUAAAUUCCUAGAAAAAGCUACGAAACUCUGGACCCCGUCACCUGUUGAAUCAACAUUUAUCCCCACAUAAGGGGAAAAGCAAACAUUUUUGUGCUAGUCUGUUUUGCUUUUGUUGCCAUGGAAACACAUGUUGCAAAGGGGUUCAGAAGGUUUUCAAAAUCCAAGUUUAAGUGCUGCUGGUGACAGGCUCCAUUUAGGUGACAAGUCCAUAGCAACCAUUGUGUUUUUUCCUCUUCUGGGGCCAAUACACAUGAGCGCUAACUUUCGUGUCUCUAGAUCAAAGUAUUUUUUUACAUUUUCCAUAGCAACCAAAGUUUAUGCUCGCCUCGACCUCAUGAUUUCCUUGGUUGCAUUGAAUUCCACAUGGAGUUUUUCAGCUUUGUAUCAGAUGCGCUGAAAGAUUCUCUUGAACUCUUCAUAGAAACAUUUCUAGCUUGAUGUCGGUGCAUUGAGUCCUUAUGAGAACUGGACCGAGUGAGGGUGCUGUCACCAAGAGAACGGCUUACAUCCAGUUCCAAUGAACGUAAGGCAUUUAUCGCCUUUUUUGUUUUUCAAUAGCCAGACGUCGUCAGUUAGCAGGAAUUGGUCCAGGUGGAUCUGAUUGUCUCUAUGGUAACCACUCUCGCCAAUCAGGAGUGAGCUUGUUGUAAGUCUACACCCCUAACUCUUGAAAGCAAGGUAAACAAAAUCUAUAAAAUGUUGGACGUGAGUGGCCAGCCGGCACCGCCUACUUUUACUGAGCCGUCGGAUUGGUUAGUUUACGAAAAUAAAUAUCGUGAAAACGAAAUGUGGAUUAGCAAAAACAUGUUAAGCAGAUCAAGAAAAGUUUAUUCUGACAAAUAGAAUGACUGUUAGUUUCUCUGUAGAAGUCUAUGGAGGCCAAGGGGGCCCAUAUGGUUUAAAAGUGGGUUGAAUGGGUUUGUCCGCAAUUUCCAUGGUAGCCUGACCUGUGUUUGUCCACAUUGGCCUAAAUGGACACUCAGUGGGCUGGUAAGCGCAGCCCACUGAGGGAGACUGGCUACGCUAGUCAGGAAGCUAGGCAGGACAGCGUAGCAAGCUCUGCUGUCCAGGGUCCGGCUGGGCUCGGAGGGUCACUGCCCAAGGGCUACCAGAGCAACCAAGUUCCACCUGCCCAGGGGCCAGCAGAGCCACUGAGCAGCAUGAAGUAGUGUAGCCACUGCCCAGGGGCCAGGAGAAUUAACUGGGUCGCUACCCAGGGGAAGGCAGAGCUAGUAGGGUCGCCAACCAGGGUCCGGCAGAUCAACCUUUUUGAUCUGCCCCGUCACCCUGCCAGCUCUGCCGUCCAAUGGCCAGCAGAGCUAACAAGGUCGCCACCCCAGGGGCUGACAAAGUAAGCGAGCGCCACGGCACACGGACCGGAGGAGCUAGAGGGGCGCUGUCCAGGGUCCAGCAGAUCAAGCAAACGCCAUUGUCCUAGGUCUGGCAGAGCUAGCAGGGUCUCUGCCCCAUGUGGUGGUAGAGCAAGCAAGCACAAAGCCCAGGGGCCGUCAAAGCUAGCAGGGUUACCACCCAGGGGCCGUCAAAGCUAGCAGGGUUACCACCCAGGGGCCGGCAGAGCUAGCAAGGUCACUGCCCAGGCUGCUGGUUCUCUGGGCAGUAAAGCCAACGUGGGCAAACACAGGUGGGGCCACCAUUGAAACUGCGGACAAACCCAAUUGGGGCCCACAUUUUCUAUUCACUUUUAAACCAUAUCAGGCCCACUUUGCCUUGCUGGUUGGGUUGGAGCCAGCGGGCACUUCCUAAUUGGAAAAUGGGGGGGCGGGGUCACUCAGUCCAGUUUUCAUAUACAAUCAAUGGAGAAGACAGGGUCCUUAAUGGUUGAGCUUCAGAAAUUGCCACGAAAGUCUAAAUGUCACUGCGACUUUUGAACUUUUGAAAGUUUUUUUUUAGGAACGGUGGAGUUGUGGACCGAGCGGUUGGCGGCGGUGGGAUUUAUUUUUUCACGCCAUAAAGCCGUCGACGAUUGGCCUCAAACCCGGACAGGAAGUUGAAUGGUUGUUGCAGAAGUCGAUGGGAGCCUCCUCUCCCUUUCGGGUUCCUCUACUCUGACCGGACCCCCGCCCCAGCCCUCAUUGUUUUUAGCGUCUCCAGCUAUUCUUUGCCUUCUGUGUGCCUCAUCAUGAGUUCAAAAUCCUCAGGUCCUUAAAGAGCCUUAACUGAUCACAUGUAAAUGACAAACUCGAGCAGCAGCUGCGGUGAUGUUUACAUGCUGCUGUUACCAUAGGAACUGUACAUCCUUUUUGCUCGGGGGAGGGGGUGGGGGGCAGACUGAAUGACAUUCUGCAAUACAUAUGAGGCCUGGUGCGUUUUUUUUUAUAGGUGAACAAAGAUGCUGCUGCUGAUCCUUUCCUUUCUCCCAUCGUCUCCUGACGCCACGCGGGGCUGCGGCCUGUAUGUAGCUUGUAAUCCAGCCGAGUAGUUCGUAGUACUUUGAGGGGGAAGUGUCGCUGGUUCCGCUCCGAGUCGCGCGCAACGUGUAAAAUAGCGGUUUUGUACACUUGGGAUCAUUUAUAUACGAAGAACCUUUCUAAAGAGAUGAUAUACGGGGUUUUUCAGCCUCUGGUUUCAUACUGUAGUGUCGCUCAGCAUGACUGUGCUUCGUCCUCCCGUCCGCCGGCUUCAACCCACCGAAUGGCUUCAGCAGCGCCGGGUCCAUGCAUCCGAUAGGUUUGUGUAUACUGUGUGUGUGUAUACCAUUGUAAGGCCUUUGUCUCUGCUUCUGUCUGAGUCCGCCCCUCUGAGAUCUGCUGAGUCUACUGUCUGUAUCCGCUCCACAGGAGGCUUCCCUCUGUUGCUGUUUGUUGUUUAUACUGUGUGAAUAAAGAUUACAGAUUUGUAGAAGAA